AUGCCACCGCCGGGGGAGAUGGGCUAUGGCCCUCGGAUCAAUGACACGCAGACGGGAGAUGCUGACAGGGGCGAGAGGGGCUACCGACGGAAGCGGUUCGCUGCUCUAGCUGGAGCUGUGGCUGGCAAUAUCUAUCGUACCGGCCAGAUCGCCGUCACCGAGAUCAGGGAGACUUAUGCCCAAUCCAGGGCUCGGGGCCUGGAUGGCGAGUUCGACUCACCCGGUAGCAUGCAUAUUCCGGGUGCGUUCCCAGAUGUGGCCGUGACAGCGCAAGGGAGCGGCGAGCAAUUGAUCAUGUUCCCAAGCUAUGCGAAGCAACAUACCAAGAAGGAAUGGGCACGACCCUCUGCGUACGAGUCGGAAGCCGGCAACUUGGAGGACGAAGACUACUGGCGAUCAGAAUGGGAGAGACACCAGGACGAGAGAGCGAUUGUAGAUGUCGAUGUUCGUGGCUGGAUAUACCUUCCCCAUACCGGCCCUAUCACGCGGCGAAAUCGCAUCUUGAUCGGACUCGCGCGCCAGCUCAGUGGCAUCCCCGUCCCAAGAGCAGAUCCGGUUCAAGCUACUGCGCCUCUUAACCCGAACGAUGAACUAAGAGAGCAGGAGAAGAUUGCGCAAGAAGCUGCUAUGAUUGAGCGUAGGGGGCGGGAAGAGAAGCGCAUAGCAAACGCUGGCGCCUACAGCGAGCAGCCCCGUGAAGAUACCAGUUUUGGAGGGCCUGCCUACCCUUUGCCUAGGCCGUUGCCAACUCGAGCAGAUAGCCGAACGCCCGACUCGCUCUCGGGGAGUCCCAAACCUCCUCCGACUAGACAGAACUCGGCAUUGGCCAACGAGCUCACAGAAGCCGAGUUGACGACUGCAAACGACAACUUGAUGGCCAGGAUAGCACCUUUCAUGACCAAUCCUUUGGUUGCCCUCCCCAUUACAAUAUUCUUUUAUAAUGAAUCGAAAUCCCAAUCACGAAACGUCCUCACAGAUGACGCCGGUCAUUUUGCUAUUCGAGCGCCUCUAGAUUUUGUUCCUACACAUGUUAGGGUGCUAGUAAAGGAAGGCCUCUCGACUACGCAAGAGGUUAACUACAUUGAACCAUACGGUGUCAGCCUCAUCAGCGACAUCGACGACACCGUUAAAAUGUCGAACAUCUCAGCGGGGGCAAGAGAAAUCUUCAGAAACACUUUUGUCCGUGAGCUGGCUGAUCUCUCAAUUGAAGGAGUCAAAGAAUGGUACGGCCAGAUGCAAGGACUGGGUGUGAGCGUGCAUUACUGCUCCAAUAGUCCAUGGCAGCUGUUUCCUAUGCUAGCCACCUUCUUCAGGGUGUCCGGACUUCCAAUCGGGUCUCUACAUCUGAAGCAGUAUUCAGGCAUGUUGCAGGGCAUCUUUGAGCCUGUGGCAGAGCGAAAGAAGAACACCCUCGUUCGCCUCUUGCGAGACUUCCCGCAGCGCAAGUUCCUCCUGGUUGGCGACAGCGGAGAGGCCGAUCUGGAAGUGUACACAGAGCUGGCACUGGCGUAUCCUGAGCGAAUCCUCGCAGUCUUUAUUCGAGACGUGACGACUCCGGAAACGGCGGGGUACUUUGAGCCAUCGUUCGAAAUGAAUCGACGCACAAUGUCUGGCUUGACUUUGAACAACGGCGGCCCUGCAAACAAUCGGCCAGCAACACGGCAAAGCUCAGCUGUGGGCUCAGUUGGUGAUUCAAAGCUUCCCUCCGGACCAGUAAUGGGUACUCUGAUAGACUUUUCCGAUGAGCCUGAAGAAGCAAAAUUAGAUGAAGCCGCAGCCUUGGAGCAAAUCAGAAAAUCAAGACCGGGUCCGUCAGCCAGCGCAACAGAUUUGCUUGCUCGAAAACCGCCGCCGCCGCCUCGCCCAGCCAAGCCCGCGGCUCUAGCCAGCGCUCCCACCUUGCCAACCGCCAGGAAAGCGUCCGUGGGCCUUGGGAUAUCGGGGGCUGGUGCAAAUAACAGCCCUGAACCACCGCCGCCGCCCCCGAGGAAACCCGUCGGCCAAGGCGGCGGCAACCAAUCGGUCCACCCGCUGGCACAGAUACAGAACUCGUCCCAGCAGACAAUAGAGUCCACCAAGACGGCCGACAAACCGCCUCCCCCUCCGCCGCGCCGGAGCACCAAGAACCUCAGCCCACGAAUGGCCUCGUUCCUUCGUGGCUCGUCAUCCAACGCAGACGUCGACUUUGAUCCGCUGCCGCCAUCGCUCGCACCUGUGCCCGCGGCUACUGGCUUAUCAUUCUACCGCCCAAGCAGCCGAUCCGGAAACACUUCGCCUUCGGGAUCGCCUACUAUGGGCGCGGUGAACAAGAAGCUCGAGCUUUGGAGACGGCGUUUGGUGAGGGCGCAUGAUCAACUUGAUCAUUUGGGCGUGGCGCUGUAUACGUGGCGCAAGGGGCAGGAUGUCGAAGCCGAGGCUAUAGGGAUUAUAAAGCGGUAUUUGUCCGAUUUGGACAAGGAGAAGAGGAUGAGGAGGUGA